AUGCGUCGCCAAAGCAUCAAAAGCUCAACUCCUUCAGAAAUGUCAACAGAAGACAUUAUCUCUUCAUUAGAGGUCGAAUUCGAGUUUGCAGGAGAUGAUGUAAUUGCUGAUGAUGGACUUACUAAAUUUACAAAGUUUGAAUCAAAGUUAAAACGAACAGCAGAUUGGAAUGAUCGCCUACAAGCAGUAACAAGAAUUGCUGCUCUUUGCAAAGGAACAAAUAACGUUAAACAAUCCGCAGCCGAAUUCAGAACAAUUGUUACAUCAUUCGUUGAAUGUCUUACAGAUGCAAGAUCAACACUUAUGAAAGGUGCAUGCUUAGCAUUAGUUACAAUUGCGAAAUCAUUGAAAAAUCAUUUGGACACUUCAAGUUUCUUUAUAAUCCCACAACUUCUUGAUAAGACAAACAAUGGUGCUGCAGUUAUAGCAUAUUCAGCUCGUUUUGCUGUUGUUAAUUAUGUUAAAUACGUUUAUGGUAAAAAUACAAAGGCUACACUUGAAAAUGGCAUUACAAGUCCUAGUGAAGAAGCUCGCUUAACAACUCUUCAAGCUAUGAUUGCUACAAUCUCUUCUUGGCCAGAAUCUUAUUCCGGACGUUUCCAAUACUUUAUUAAUCAAGCAAGGACAGACAAAUCCUCAAAAAUACGUAGCCUCGCUUCUGAAUACGCAAAUGAAGAUAGCGUUUCAGUAUUUUCUACCAAAUCAACUGCAUCAAAAAUUCCAAUUCAUAAAUCAAAGAUAACUGAUUCGACAUCAUCUAAGAAGAGCGGUAUCCCUACAAAGACACCAGCAAGAGAUAAUGGUGUAACUCCUUCAAAGAUCCCAAGAUGUGCAUUUAAUGGAACAACUCCAUUAAGAGUUGAUAAUGGAAUGACGCCAUUGAAGCCAUUAUCUGUACUCAGCACAAAAUCAGUAAAACGCGCAAAGGAAGAUGAUGGAAAGACUCCAAUGAAGAGACAUUCCGAUGCAACAGAAGAUUUCAUUCCAGAUCCAGAGCCAUUUGAAGAUCACGAAGUUACUCCAGAACAGAAACAAACCCUUGAUGAUAUCAUUGCAAAAUCAGACAUAGAAUCAUUAAGAAAUUAUAUCAAACAAGAAUCUCCAGAUUUGUUUGGAUUCCUUCCACCAAUAAUUGAUAUCCUUAUUGCUGAAAUGCAGAAAUCAUCACAAAUUUCUGCUGAUUUCCUUACAGAUCUUUGCAAUUUCUGCGCAUCUUAUUUAAUUCCAUAUGUUAUUGAUAUCCUUACAAAUCUUCCUAGUGAUGAAGCAGCUGCGAAGUCGAUAAUAAACGUUUUGUCAACUGCUUAUGGCAAACAAGGCGUAAUCAGAUUACUUUAUUCAUCAGAACAGCCAUUUGUUAUGCCAAUAAUUCUUGAAAAUGCUCUUGAUAAUGAUGAUAUUGACGAUCAAGUAAGAGCAGUACUUGCAACCAUCAAAAGAGAUCAAUACAAAAAUAAUGUUGCUUUAGUUAUCGAUAUAUUGCAAAAAAUAUAUGAAGCAAACAAGAAAUUAUGCAUCAGAACAAUUCUCAAUAUCCCAGAUGACAUGAGAAAGUCUGUUUUAGUUGAUGUCGAAACAAAAUUACCAGAAUUAGAUGAAAUUUUCAAUGGAACAGAACAAGACACAAUAAUUAGCUUACUACAAAAGGAAAUGAUGAAUGCAAAGACAGGAAAACCUGUUGACAUCGAAGUUCUUCAAGAAGGAAUGUACGAUGAAAAGACUCAAACAAUUUUGAUAACAAUUAUCAAGGAAGCAAAAGAAUUCAAUCCAGAAUAUGUUCCAUUACUUGUCCUCUUAACUGAAGAGAGCGAAGAAGUUGCUUCUUAUGCUGGAAGUGUCUUGAAAGACAUUUGCGAACAAAAUCCUCAAAUUGUUAAUGAAAUUGCAGAUAUUUUCUCUCCAACUCAUGGAUGUUUUGUAGCUUUCACAGGAUUAAUUGGCAAGGCUGACAAGGAAAGUGUUAUUCAUGCAUUGGAAUUGUUGAAGGACCAAAUGAUUGCUUCAUUAGAAAUUGAAGAUUUGAGGAGAGAUGUUCUUGAUGUCAUUGCAGCAACAGUUGUUAAUUAUGGUAAUGAAUUCCAUAAUUUCUUGGGAGAAUUAGACCAAGAAAACAUUAUAACACUUGAUGCUUGUAUCAGAAUCAGAGAAAAUCCAAAUGAGGAUAUAUAG